CUGCCACUCACGGUGUGGCCUUGGGCAAGUCCCUUAUUCUGUCUGUGCCUUCAUUUCCUUCCCAGUCCAGAGAGGGCAGUUUGAUUUGAUAAUUUUAAAGGUGCCUUUUACCAAAAUUUUGUGAUUUCUUGAAAAUGAUGUUUGCGAGUCACCCACACCUUUGGGGAUGAGAGACUAAUAGCAGAUACCCUCAGAGAUUGGGAUGGAGAUUACUGAGCUUUCUUAUAUAUGCCAUUGGUUGUCAUUUAUACUCUUCUGAGGUUUUCAGAACAGGAAAAUAGGUGGGGUUAACUCUGCCCGUGAGAAACAUCUUGAGCGAACUAUGAUUUCAGUUGAAAGAUGUGUUUUUGUGAGUAGAGCACCGCAGAAGAACUGAAGACUGUUGUGUGCUCCCCGCAGAAGGGGCUGCCAUGAUCCUUUCCUCCUAUAACACCAUCCAGUCGGUUUUCUGUUGUUGCUGUUGCUGUUCAGUGCAGAAGCGACAAGUGAGAACACAGAUAAGCCUGAGCACAGAUGAAGAGCUUCCAGAAAAAUACACCCAGCAUCGCAGGCCGUGGCUCAGCCAAUUGUCAAAUAAGAAGCAAUCCAACACGGGCCGUGUGCAGCCGUCAAAACGAAAGCCACUGCCUCCCCUCCCACCCUCUGAGGUUGCUGAAGAGAAGAUCCAAGUCAAGGCACUUUAUGAUUUUCUGCCCAGAGAACCCUGUAAUUUAGCCUUAAGGAGAGCAGAAGAAUACCUGAUACUGGAGAAAUACAAUCCUCACUGGUGGAAGGCAAGAGACCGUUUGGGGAAUGAAGGCUUAAUCCCAAGCAACUAUGUGACUGAAAACAAAAUAACUAAUUUAGAAAUAUAUGAGUGGUACCAUAGAAACAUUACCAGAAAUCAGGCAGAACAUCUAUUGAGACAAGAGUCUAAAGAAGGUGCAUUUAUUGUCAGAGAUUCAAGACAUUUAGGAUCCUACACAAUUUCCGUAUUUAUGGGAGCUAGAAGAAGUACGGAGGCUGCCAUAAAACAUUAUCAGAUAAAAAAGAAUGACUCAGGACAGUGGUAUGUGGCUGAAAGACAUGCCUUUCAAUCAAUCCCUGAGUUAAUCUGGUAUCACCAGCACAAUGCAGCCGGUCUCAUGACUCGUCUCCGAUAUCCAGUUGGGCUGAUGGGCAGUUGUUUACCAGCCACAGCUGGGUUUAGCUACGAAAAGUGGGAGAUAGAUCCAUCUGAGUUGGCUUUUAUAAAGGAGAUUGGAAGCGGUCAGUUUGGAGUGGUCCAUUUAGGUGAAUGGCGGUCACAUAUCCAGGUAGCUAUCAAGGCCAUCAAUGAAGGCUCCAUGUCUGAAGAGGAUUUCAUUGAAGAGGCCAAAGUGAUGAUGAAAUUAUCUCAUUCAAAGCUAGUGCAACUUUAUGGGGUCUGUAUACAGCGGAAGCCCCUUUACAUUGUGACAGAGUUCAUGGAAAAUGGCUGCCUGCUUAACUAUCUCAGGGAGAAUAAAGGAAAGCUUAGGAAGGAAAUGCUACUGAGUGUAUGCCAGGAUAUAUGUGAAGGAAUGGAAUAUCUGGAGAGGAAUGGCUAUAUUCAUAGGGAUUUGGCGGCGAGGAAUUGUUUGGUCAGUUCAACAUGCAUAGUAAAAAUUUCAGACUUUGGAAUGACAAGGUACGUUUUGGAUGAUGAGUAUGUCAGUUCUUUUGGAGCCAAGUUCCCAAUCAAGUGGUCCCCUCCUGAAGUUUUUCUUUUCAAUAAGUACAGCAGUAAAUCUGAUGUCUGGUCAUUUGGAGUUUUAAUGUGGGAAGUUUUUACAGAAGGAAAAAUGCCUUUUGAAAAUAAGUCAAAUUUGCAAGUCGUGGAAGCUAUUUCUGAAGGCUUCAGGCUAUAUCGCCCUUACCUGGCACCAAUGUCCAUAUAUGAAGUCAUGUACAGCUGCUGGCAUGAGAAACCUGAAGGCCGCCCUACAUUUGCCGAGCUGCUGCGGGCUGUCACAGAGAUCGCAGAAACCUGGUGACAGGAAACGGAAUGCCAACCCAAAGAGUCAUCUUGCAAAACUGUCAUUUAUUGUGAAUAUCUUCACCAUAUGGGGUCACUUAUGGUGAAUAUCUUUCUUCAGAGUUGCUGACUCUUGAAAACAGUGCAAAGAUCACAGUUUUUAAGUUUUAAAAAUUUAAGAAUAUUCACACAAUCGUUUUUCUAUGUGUGAGAGGGACUUGCACACUCUUAUUUUUCUGUAAAAUAUUUCACAUCCCAAAUGUGAAGAAGUGAAAAAGACUUCGCAGCAGUCUUCAUAGUGGUGCUCUUCAUGAUCAUAGCCCCAGGAACCCUUGAGGUUCUUCUUCACAAGGCUGAGAGUGCUUCCUUCUUGAAGACGAGUGACAUUCAUCACUUCAGUGAUCCAUGCAUAGAAUAUGAAAAUAAAUUCUUCCAACUCAUGGGAUAAAGGGGACUCCCUUGAAGAAUUUCAUGUUUUUGGGCUGUAUAGCUCUUUACAGAAAAUGCACCUGUAUAAACCACAUGAAUGUUAGUAUUCUGGAAAUGUCUUUUGUUAAUAUAAUCUUCCCAUGUUAUUUAACAAAUUGUUUUUGCAUAUAUCUGAUUAUAUUGAAAGCAGUUUUUUGCAUUCGAGUUUUAAACACUGUUAUAAAAUGUAGCCAAAGCUCACCUUUGAACAGAUCCCGGUGACAUUCUAUUUCCAGGAAAAUCCGGAACCUGAUUUUAGUUCUGUGAUUUUACACUUUUUACAUGUGAGAUUGGACAGUUUCAGAGGCCUUAUUUUGUCAUACUAAGUGUCUCCUGUAAUUUUCAGGAAGAUGAUUUGUUCUUUCCAGAAGAGGAGACAAAAGCAAGAUAGCCAAAUGUGACAUCAAGCUCCAUUGUUUCGGAAAUCCAGGAUUUUGAAUUCGAGAUGAAACAACCAGCAAUCACAGUUAAAUCUUAACUUUGCCUGCACUCUUUGUAGGAAUGAUCAGAAAUUUAUCUUUAUCAUUCUGAGUGCUUCAGGAGUACAACAGGAAGAAAGAUACUGGAGAAAGCACAAGUGUAAUCACCAUGAAGUCUGACAACAGGAGCCCAUUAUUUGCGUACUGUCCCACCCUGUAUCAUGGUUCUCUGGGAACAAGCUUUAUGAUUCUCAUUAGAGUUUAAAUUGUUGAUUGUCAGUAGUUGCGACUUUUAAAUUAUAUUUCCCCCACUCAAAGAAUGGUAUCUUUAUAUAUCAAUGACAUUCAAUAAAUGUGUAUUAUUUCUAAUGAGAAUCAGUUACAACAAGAGACUUGAUAGUUCAAGUAGUGGUCUCAGAAAUGUUUGGGCUGAAUGUGGUGGCUCAUGCCUAUAAUCCCAGCACUUUGGGAGGCCAAGGUGGGAAGAUAACUUGAGCCCAGUUUGAGACCAGCCUGGGCAACAAAGUGAGAUCCUGUCUCUAUUAAAAGAAAAAAGAAAAAAAGAAAAAAAAGCUAGGUGUAGUGGUGCAUGCAUGCACGUAGUCCCAGCUACUUGGGAGGCUGAGACAGGAGCCCAGGAGAUCAAGGCUGCAGUGAGCCAUGAUUGUGCCACUGCACUCCAGCCUGGGUGAUAGAGCGAGACCCUGUCUCAAAAACAGAAACAAGUUUGUAUGAGAUGCUAGGCUGUUUCUGAGACUCUCACAUCCCCUUUCCUAUGACUCCUGUUACAGUGAGGAGAGACAGAAGGCUCUUAUUACUGAGACCUCAAUUCACAUAACAUGAAUGUACAUAAGAUAGUCUAGCUCAAGAAGACAUGAGACUACUAAACAGCAAAAGCAGAUGGAAGGGAGGUUAAUGUUAUGACAUAGGAAAUAAUGUAGUAUCAAUAUAUGGCUGCAGUAAGUUGCCCUUUCCAGGUUUUACUCAGCUUGGAAGUCCCCAUUUCUCUC